AUGAUCGACCAAAUCAGCAUCGACGUCGUUGUCGCCGCUCUCCUUCCCAGUAUUGAUUCACAUCAAAAGAAAAUUGAGAGGGCUUUCUGCCUAGGAUUGUCGGGACUCCAAGGAAGUGGCAAGUCAACCUGGGCGGCGGCGCUCGCGCACCGCCUGACCGACAAACACAACCUCCACACUCGGACGAUAUCCUUGGACGACCUCUAUCUCGAUCAUGACGACCUACUGUCUUUGAAGCAAAACAAUUUUGGUAACAAACUACUACAAGCUCGUGGGCAGCCCGGCACGCAUGAUGAGAAACUCGCGCAGAGCUUCUUGACGGAAGUCUUGGCUCCGUCACUUGGGAGCGAUCGCCGUGCGCGUAUAAAGUGGCCAGCAUACGACAAGAGCCUCAACAAUGGACAGGGAGGGCGUGUUCCUGUUAGUGAGUGGGAGCUGGUGAGCUUGGACGAGCGCCUGGAUGUUCUCAUCUUCGAAGGCUGGUGUCUCGGUUUCCAGCCCCUACCCGAGGAUGAGUUGCGAGAGAAGCGGCGGAUGAGUGAAAGCUCCCCGCCUUCGCAAACGCAGAAGGUGACCGAGCGGCUCACGGAGACGCUACAGUUCCAUGACUUGGAGCACCUUCUUCUCAUCAACGCCAGUCUCAAGAGAUACUGCGAGACGUUCAUGGGGCCGGAGACGUUCGACUCAUUCGUGCAUCUAACCACCGACGACCUGAGCCGUGUUUACUGCUGGCGCGAGGAUCAGGAGGAGGCGCUUCGAAGAAAAGGCAAACCAGCAAUGGCAAAGGAGGAUGUAAUCAAGUUUGUUCAGGGAUACAUGCCGGCUUAUGAGCUAUAUUUGGAGCGCCUAAAUGAGCGUUCGCUGUUUCAGAGCAGCCCUUUGGCAGUGGGCAAGAAGCAUAUCAGGGUUGUCUUGGACAACAACAGGAACGUGGUCUCAACCAAUGUACUUUAG